AUGCUCUUGCUCAAGACCUUGGAGUAUUUGUUUUACCUGGCCUGGUUUUGCUUCCUCUGCAAAUAUGCAGAGGCCGCCAGCAUACAGCCCACAGAGCCGAGUCCAAAUCACUUGGAGCCAAUGCAGCCAACCCAACGGAAUCCUACAAUGGCCCUCAACGAGUGCGAGACAGCAGCCUUCAGCUGGAUGUGCCUGAAAAUAGAAUUUGUUAAGAUUAUGGAGCGUCUAGCCGAACAGCAGGAGCUCAAAGUGUUGCCGGGCGUGAGCGUAGUCAAGGAUGAGAAUGCCACUGAGCUAAAAACAUCCGAACUGAUGGCAGAGGUGGCACGCAGCUAUCCCAGCGAUCCCAAUACGCGUCUCAACGGCUAUAUUCUGGCCAAGUUAGAGAACAUCUUGAAGACGCGCGUCCUGCGCCUUCGCCUGCUGGAUGACACCAGCCUGGAGGAGGGACGCAAACAUAAGUUUGGCAAGAAGGGCGGCAUGGAGGCACUCGUCGCCGCUGGCGUCAUGAUGAAGGGCAUGCUGAUGGCCCUGGGUCUCGGAGCUAUUGCCAUGAUGGCCGGCAAAGCGCUGAUGACCGCGCUCAUGGCGCUCACGCUCAGCGGCGUGCUAGGCCUGAAGAGCUUGGCCGGCGGCGGUGGCAAGUCCACAACAUACGAGAUUGUGGCCAAGCCCGUGUACACUUCCAGCCACUCGCAUUCGGUUAGCCACGAGGACGGCCAUGGGCACAGCGCCCACUUUGCAGCCGGAGCCGGCGGAGGCAGCGGCAGCGGCUACGGCUAUGGGGGAUAUGCGCGUGCUCUGCACCUGCAGCCGCCCAGUCAGCUGCAAAUGUUGUAA